AUGGUAGAAACCCUCUGUGACGAUGAUCUAGAUGUGACUGUACACUUUUCACAUUUUUGCGUCACCAAGAUUGCGCUCUCGGAGGACUCGAACGCCCAGUUCACGCAAAGUGCGAUGCUCGAGGCCGCACAGCUAUUAGCGGAUGCUCAUGUAGACAUUAUUGGACGGAGUGGUACGUCAGCGACAUGGCUUGGAUUCUCCACGGACGACGCACUCUGUGCCACCAUAGAGAGUGUUACCGGAAUUCCGGCAAUGACCUCUAUCAUCGCCUCGAAUGAACUGCUCAAGCGUCGAUCAAUCUUCACGGAUGUUGGUCUGGAAAUACAGCUUGACGCCAUGGUUGCUCAAGUAGUCAGAAAUGGGGCAACGACGGUCCUUGUGGUGCGCACCAUCUUACGUGCUGCCCAGCGGGCAAAAUACUGGGAGUCGUCGCAUGGGAUACAGGUCCUGGACUCGGUCGCUACAGUGGUUUUCCGAAUGAUGCAGAAACUCGGCAUCAGCACCAACUCAGCCUUUCUGGAUCGCUAG